AUGAACGAGUUGCAAGCAAACGGGGGCGCUGUCGACAAACUCCCUGGACACAUGAUCCAAAAGCUCAGAGACGGUGCUCCCGAGGAGGUGGGGGACUUUCUGGCUACCGAGUCUUCAAAAACGCUGCGACAAAAAGUUAGAAAGGGCUCGCCGACCAUGCAUCCGUUCGCGUCUUUAAAGCAGAAGUUGCACCAGAGAAGUUAUGAAGCUAUCACUGUCAGGCCAUUUCGACAUACGCACGCUACAGAGGUCCAGCACCGCGUUCUCAGUCUGAUGCCUGGCCUUGCAGACCCAGGUUCGGAAAAAUCCGGGAAUCGAAAGGAUCUCUUGAUCGUCUCAGAAAAGGGAACGGGAAAAUCGCUUUCGUUCUUGAUUCCCGCCAUCGAGGCGAGCCCAGGCGUCGUGGGUAAUAAAUCCUUGGAGACUCAGUUGAAGCGAGAAUACGCGUUCUCGAGGGUUGGUACGCUUAUCCUGAGCCCGACAAGAGAGCUAGCGACUACGACCGCCAACGAGUCCAUCCUGCUUUCGCGACAUCAUCCUGGGAUAGAGACGCGACUCUUCGUUGGAGGAGUGAGCAAGCGAAUUCAGCUCAGAGACUGGGUAAUGGGUCGAAAAGAUAUCGUUGUGACGACCCCUGGACGACUACGAGACUUGCUCAUAACUGAGCCUGCCGUAGCUGACGCAGUCAAGCAUACGAGACUUUUGGUCAUCGACGAUGCGGAGCAACUACUCGAGGAAGGCUACCGAGACGACAUCGACGGGAUCAUCAAGUACUUGCCAUCGAGUCCAGAACGUCAGACGUUUGUUGUCACGGACACGAUGAGCACGGCGGUACAGCAACUCGUCAAGCGGGUGCUCGACCCAGAUUUUAUCUCCGUCGAUGUCGCGCCGGAGUACAAGUCACCACACAGCGACACACCUCAGUUCCAUACUAUUCUUCCCAGCGCCGAGCAUCAGCUCCCGCAUCUCAUGAAACUUUUGGCCCACGAACAAAUGAAAAACCCGCAGCGUUCUAAAACGAUUAUUUAUCUACCAACAACGAGGAUGACACAGCUAUUUACGACACUCGUACACGAGCUGCGCUCGUCAUGUUUGCCAGCGGGUGAAGAGACCCGAGUGUACUCGAUCCACUCAAUGUUGUCUAUGCUGCAACGAACACAAGCCCUCGAUGGGUUUGUGAAUGAGAAUUCGGGUCAUUCUAUCCUUGUCACGACCGAUCUUUCGUCCCAAACGAUUCAGUUCCCCAAAACGACACGGGUGAUUCAGAUUGGGAUCCCAUCGAGUGAUCCGUUGUAUUUCCUACGACUAGGGCACGCUGCUCGUGGAUCUGGCACUCACGGACGGGGGGAUUUGGUCCUCCUCCCGUGGGAGAUGGGCUACUUGACAUGGCAGUUGACGCAUGCCCCGUUGGAACCACUGACGGUGGAUGAGCUAGACGAAGAGAUCAAAAGGCGUGCAGGAAAGCUGGAUCACGAAAAAGAAGCCGCAUUUUCAUCGACUAACUCUCUCAAAUCUCUGUCUGGCGAAGUACGCGCCCAGCGUCCGGUGCUCGUUCAAGGCGUCAAGGACUGGACGACACAAGCCUGCGGACUACCGCAUGCACCGUUUGUUUCAGACGCGUUCCUCGCGCGUCUAGGCAUGACAGAUGGCCGAACGAAACGAUUUGGCAAGGGCGAAGACGGGCGUCGAACAGAGUCUUUCAGUCCUGCCCGAGGGGUAUGGGAAGGUCGUGGACGCGUCGCUAGUCGUGGCGAGGAGCGAGAGCCUGCAUGGAAGAGUGCCGACAGCUCGAUGGCGUUGGACCCUAGGGACCCUCCGACGUUACCAGAGGCAUACAAGACGGAUUUGUAUGGCAAGAGAGACCCUACGUUGGCAAGGGAUGCGGAAGAUCUUGGAAAGCUUGAAGAAAACAUUAAAGGUCGUCCCGAGCCCCCGAAGCCCACGACGAAUCGUGAGGUAUUGGAGGUAUAA